CUUGGUCCGCUCUCUCAAUGCUCUCUUAGUACGAUUCAGAUUGAAGCAUACGGAAUGUGCGUAAAGAGUCGCUUAUGCUGGACGCAAACUGCUCUGCCCAGCGGGCGCCGUCGCGUUUGCUGCCUGCGUUCCUCUCCAAGGAUGAUAAGGCGCAUCGAUGCACUCGUCCCCGACCUCGUUCCUGAAUGUGACAAUUAUAACACCAUUUUCUCCUUAAUCUAAUCUCAGUUUGUUUCUCUCUUCUUCUUUUUUUCGUCUUUCUUUCUAUUUUACCCCCACCUCGCGUGUGUGCGCGCGUGUGUGAGUGGAUUAUGUUCAUCCUUAACCUGCCAUCGUCGUAGCCCCCCGCGUUGCGUUGGCGCUGCGGAUCUAGCCCACAAGAACAAGAGCCAGCUCACAGCCGUGGAAACAAGCGAAUCAAUUUAGGGUAGGGGAAAAAAGAGGAGAGACUAGGUUGCGAGGUUGGAAAAACGGGAGAACGGAGAGGGGACGAGAGGAGAGAAAACAUCGACCUUACGCCGCAGCCACGGAAACAUUAAGUGAGAAACAACGGCUUCCUCUGCGACAACAAUUUCCAAAGCAAAUCAUCCCCCAAAUUUGAGUUCCCCUUUUAAUAAUUGUCAUGGGAACAUAAAUACAGUGUUCCCAAAAAUGACACACUGAAAAAUAAAUCGGGGCUUUUGAUAGUAAGAACAAAGCAAAACAGGAACAUAUUAAUGAUAAAUAGAGUCUUUAAUAUAACAUUACAAUCUUCUCUCAGUUUUUGAAGUGACGUUUUGAAGGAGAAAAACUGAAUCAGAGAGUGAAACAUGAACAUCGAGAUAAGCACUUAAAUUCCCUUGUUUGGAGGUGAAUUAUCAACAUCAUAGCAAUAGGGGUGGGUCAUGACUCAGUUGCCAUGCGUGUUGUCAUGGUGACCAGCCCCUGUACCCCUUUCCCCCUCCUCUGGUUGGUCCAGCUUUUGUUGUGGUUUCACAACCAUGGACCUCAGCUGACAGAGGCAGCACCCCCUUGCCCCACCCCCUGUACCUGCUCCAAUCAGGCGAGCCGUGUCAUCUGUACAAGGAAGAGUUUGGAUCAAAUCCCAGACAGUAUUUCAGAGAACACAAGAUACCUCAAUCUACAAGAGAACACAAUUCAGGUGAUCAAGUCUGACACAUUCAAACAUCUCCGGCAUUUGGAAAUCCUCCAACUGUCCAAGAACCACAUCCGGCAGAUUGAGGUGGGAGCUUUCAUUGGUCUUCCCAAUCUCAACACCUUGGAGCUUUUUGACAACCGUCUCACAGUGGUUCCAUCACAAGCCUUUGAGUACCUGAGCAAGCUGAGGGAACUAUGGCUACGAAACAACCCCAUCGAGACGCUGCCGGCAUUUGCCUUUCACCGGGUUCCUUCUUUGCGGCGCCUCGAUCUAGGGGAGCUCAGAAAGCUGGAUUUCAUCUCAGAGGCUGCCUUUGAAGGUCUGGUAAACUUGCGCUUCUUGAAUCUUGGCAUGUGUGGCUUGAAGGACAUACCUAACCUAACACCAUUAGUGCGACUAGAGGAGUUGGAGUUGUCAGGGAACCAGCUGGGGAUAGUCCGACCCGGAUCCUUCCAGGGUCUAGUGUCACUUCGCAAGCUGUGGCUCAUGCACUCCAGAGUGUCAGUCAUUGAACGAAAUGCUUUUGAUGAUCUCAAAAACCUGGAGGAGCUCAACCUGUCCCACAAUUCCCUGCAUUCCCUGCCCCAUGACCUCUUCACCCCUUUGCACCAGCUGGAGAGGGUACAUCUAAACCACAACCCUUGGGUGUGCAACUGUGAUGUUCUGUGGCUCAGCUGGUGGCUGAAAGAAACAGUUCCCAGCAACACAACAUGUUGUGCUCGUUGCCAUGCACCCCCAGGUCUAAAGGGCAAGUACAUAGGGGAAUUAGACCAGAGCCACUUUACCUGCUAUGCCCCAGUGAUUGUUGAGCCACCCACUGACCUCAAUGUCACUGAAGGCAUGGCUGCAGAGCUGAAAUGUCGUACUGGAACCUCGAUGACCUCUGUGAACUGGUUCACUCCAAAUGGCACUCUGAUGACCCACGGAUCAUACCGUGUUAGGAUCUCCGUGCUUCACGACGGAACGCUGAAUUUCACAAAUGUCACCGUGCAAGACACUGGGCAGUAUACUUGCAUGGUAACCAACUCCGCUGGAAACACCACCGCGACCGCCGUGCUCAAUGUCUCAGCUUCAGACGCCAUAAACAGCUACAGCUAUUUCACCACUGUCACUGUGGAAACCGUUGAAACAGUCAGAGGAGAGGAGGAGAACUCGGCAAGACAGUAUAUUAAUGAGACCUUCAUAAAUUUUCCUAUUUCUACUGUUCAAAGAGGGUUAGACGGCAGACCUGGUAUCACUAUAUCACCUUCGCUCUCUUCUCUUUCCUCACUUUCCCCUCGAGCCACCAGAGCUACAGAAAAUCCAGUGACUGUGUCCAUAAUGGAUGUAACUAACAUUCCCGGCCUGGACGAUGUAAUGAAAACAACCAAGAUCAUCAUCGGGUGCUUUGUGGCCAUUACUUUCAUGGCAGCUGUAAUGUUGGUGGUCUUCUAUAAACUCCGGAAGCAACACCAGCUACAUAAGCACCACGGACCAGCCAGAGCCAUUGAAAUAGUCAAUGUAGAAGAUGAGAUCGGAGCAGGGGCCGGAAGUGGCAUCUCGGGGGGUUCAACAAUGAAUUCUGGCCCUGGUGGAGAAGGAACCUUGAGGAUACAUCAUCCAGAGAUCGUCAACCUCCCCAACAUUGGCCGUACAGAUACCCUUAACCAUUACUACAAGACGCAUCAUUUCAACAACAACGUGAUGGGUCUUAGUAUUGGCCCCGACGGGAUGGGACCAGGAGGGAUCCUCAAUAGCAAGAACCAGCAAGGCCAGGACAUCCCCAUCUCCUGCACCUCCGUCCCGAUCUCUACAUCUAAUUUGCUCACGUCUUCAGGCAAUGGCACCAACACCAACCCGAGUUCUAUGUCGCCACCACUGCCGAUGUCUCUCCCCAUGCCUACGAUGGGCUUACAUGGAUCGAUCAAGGGUUUCAUGGGCCAAAACCAGAAUCCCCAAAUGGAGCCUCUUCUCUUCAAGGGGAGCUCAAAGGAAAACGUCCAAGAAACUCAGAUCUAAAAACAAAAACGACAGUAUACAGAGAGAGUGAGCAAGAGUUGAAGACAGAGAGGGGAUUGAUGUCGGGUUUAUGCGCGGAAUGAUUAGACACAAGAGUGCAUUGACAUUACACCAGGAGAGAGGAUAGACUGACACGGCAAUACACCAACACAUAGACUUAUCUGUGACAGUGUACUGAGCCAAGGAUUACCACAAUGGCCCACUUGUGUUUGUAGUAACGACCAUGGAGAUCAAGGAAUGGACAUUGCUACAAUGUAAAUCUGUGCCAAAGCAAAUGUUUUUUGCAGUUUCUACAAGCUGUGUUCUCAUAGGAAAAAAACUAGCCUUUCAGAGUAAUCAGUCCCCAAAUCGUUGUUGGCCAGCAGAGUUGAAAGACACGCACAGCACUUACCACACUGAGGAUCAGAGAUAUUGCAGAAUAAAUCCAAGAGACAUUUUUCAUCCACAAAAAAACAUGAGCCACGCUCUCUCUCAAGUGACUCAAUAGACUCCCACAAGGUGAAAAUUAUGUAGGCAUAAAUAGAUGGACAAAAAGGUACAGUGCAGUACAAACUACUGUGAAAAAUCCACAAAUUAUAUAAAUAUAUUUUCAUCUAAAUAUGUAUCAUUGCAGACUCCGAUGCAGACAUAUUUUGGGGUGGAUGUAUAAGCUGGUAUAGUUUGUUUCUUUGUGAAUAAUCAGGGGCACCGGUAGUGGAGGUUUGUUAUGAUACGUUUUAAGUUUGGCUACUUCUCAGAAACAUAAGGGCUCAAUUGCAACACUCAUUGUGAAUCUUUGAAUUGGCUUUGUGACAUUAAGUCCAUUUAGGUUGUAGAACAGUAAAUGCAGAUCUCUGUUUGACAAACUUUUGUCUGUUGUUUCAGUAAUAAUCAUUACAAACUUUUGUGUUCUGAGAGUGUAUUAUGUAUUUUGUAAAAGCCAGCUACUUGGUAUUUGAAUUGACAAUUCUGAUACUUAAAUGCCAGCAUCAAAUAAUGAUAAAACAAUGUUUCACAAACACGAAAAGGUAAUUCGAUGCAAAGGCCUGUAUGGGUAAAAUAAAGUGUUGACAAUGUGUUAUUUGAAUCGGAUCAGUAGCCAGAUAUUUGCUUUUAGACUGGAAUUUGAUAUGACCUCCUUGCUCAUGGUUACCAUAAUCAUGCCAUAAAAUGCUGUUAUAAGGAUGAUUAGACAUCUAUCUGCAGCAGCAUUCAAGAAGGGAUUAAACAUCCAUCUUUGGAUGAUUGGAAUGAAUGGAAAUGUACAGUAUAUUAAUAAUAAUAAUGUCUGGUUGUAUGACAAUUGUAAGAUCCACAUUUUUACAGUGUAACUUUCAUAUGUUAAAUGCCAUUUACGCUUCUUGCGUUUCAACUAUGUAUUUCUUUAUUUUUGUUAGUUUGAUAUAAUGUGUACAGUUGUCUAGCCAUGUAUCAUUACGUGUGAAAUAAAUCAAUCAUAUAUUGGGCUGUGGCGGGUCAAUAUGGCAACCACACAAGUGAAGAGUGAGACGUUAUGCAGUCCUCUGUGCUAAACUUGGAUUGAAUGUAUGGUUUGUGGUUCAGCCAUUAGUCAUCCUGGUAAUGAUACAGUAGGUGCAGUGUGCUCUGCUAACAUGUUAAGGCAGCCUUUUAGUCACUCUGUCCUCGGUAGAUCACAGGAACUACGAGUUGGGGAAAUUUCUGUUUUUGUGAUCAUGUUCUUAAUGAAGGCACUUUUGACUGAAAUUAGUCAGCGUGCCUCUCCCAUGCUAAUUACAAUUUUUUUUAAAAAAAAAGAAACCUAAAAUGUUUGUUGCAAUUGAGCACAGACUGGACAUGUGACCAGCUAUUCCACCGAUAGUACAGAAUCAUGUUUGACUGUAAUGCAGCUCUGUGAAUGAAUUUGCUGGGCUUUUGUUUCUGCACCCUUCCCUCCGACUUAGUAUUUUUAGCCGCUAAUGUCUUUCAAAACCGUUUAAAAAAAAGGUGUUUUAUGUGCGUGAUGAAGGUUUUUAAUUUUUAUUUAUUUUAUUUUAUUUAUUUUUAUUUUUACCAGCAAUGUGCCCAUAGUUGUUGGAAAAGGACAUGUAGUAACAGUAGCAUUAAUAAUGAUGAUAACAUAAGCAAUGACAUCUUUUACGGUAUGUCUGGUUAUACCAACAACAACAAACAAAUUGAUCAAAGAAGUCAGGCUGUUUAAAAUGCAGGCAUGCAUUUUCUCAACUUGUGGCCAUGAAUUUAAUUCCAUAGUAAAUGUAAGCGCGUGAUCCAACCAACAGAUCUGGUGGGCCGGGUUCAUCUGUAGCCCCGCAGAGACACAAACAGAAUAUAAAUGAAGGCUAAAGACACAACAUAUGGCCGCUCCCUUGAUGUGCUACAUUCGGUGGGUCUGUCGUCAGAUUUCAAAGAGCAUACUUGAUACAUCCUUGUGUGCUCCGUGCGAGGGUACAUAUCUGCACGUUAGCCGUGGAGCAGAUCUUCCUACCUGAACAUUACUGUUGCGGCGCUUUCCUAUGACGGUAUCUGACCUGCUCGGCACUGAAAUGUUCCUUUUAAAUGUUAAAUGUACCUCUGAAUGCCGCAAACGUGCUCAGUUAUCAUCAUUAUUAUUAUUAACAUUCGGAGAAAAUGCAGAAGGGCUUUGUUGCAUCUUAGUAUAGAGGCUACCAUUGUACAUAUACUUGAUGCUACUGAAACGGAAGCUCAUUCUAGUUAAGACAUAUGACCCCUUUUAAUGACGAACAGGCUUGAGACUGGAAUCUGAAUAUGUACAUAUUGGCCAACUGUAGCUCUCUGUAUUAUGCAGUUUGGCUACAGAUGGAGUACUGACAUAUGUGUAUUCUCGGCACCACCCGUCGCUUACAAUGGAUGCCUCAGUCCAGAUGACAUUUGUUGGCUUGUUGGAAGCAAAACCCCUUAAUGAAAUGGAUUAUGGUAUCUCAGACACCAAAUUGCAAGACAAGGAAAUGGACUGACCUUUUGUUCCUUUAAAGGUAAGCUGUUCUGUUUGAUAAAAUGGCAUAAAAACAACCUGGUUUGGUUUGAAAGAUUUUUAAAAGGACAGUGUUAAGCGCUAGAAAAGUUCAGAUUUCUUUAACGAAGAAAAAGAUAUUUUAAAAAAUGUCAUUUUGUAUUUUUCUUUAAUUAUUUUUUCCUUUUUUUUUCUUUUGUUUAAUUUCCAGUCGUUGGUUGUAUCUUAGUAUGUGAUAUUAUCAGUUUGGGUCUUUAUGGAUUGUCAUUAAAUGUAAUUUUUUUCCCAACUCAUUCAACCAGA